AGCAGAUCCCCGAUCUUACCAACGGCACCUCACGAAGGCUGCCAGCGAGUACUAGUCUGAAAAUGCCAACGCCAGUUAGCGUACCUACUACCAAAGUGUAUUCCAGGGUACCCGGGACAAAGAAAAAAUUAAGUCCAACAGUAAUGAAACAUACGCGCGUAUACUCGUACGUUCCCGACAGACUUUCACACAAGCCUAAAAUGAGAUUGGGACCAUAUGAAGGAACAUACAAAUGUAGGGGUUUGUCACCGAAAGAGAAAAUGCAAAUUAUUGGUAAUUGCCAAUCAAGAAGCACACGAUACAUGCACCUGAAAAACUUGGCUGCUGACGCCGUAAGGAAAAAUAAAAUAUUCUCAGUGUAUGGUACCUGCAAGACCGUACGUGACGCUUUGGCCGAACGAGGAUGGGUGGAAAAGCUUCCCUCGCAACGCAUGAACAUGAAAAAUAUUUACAGCGGCCGCACACCCAAACACGAGAUCAGAAACGAGCUAGAAACCCUCCUCCUAUCCCAUUUUGUAGAAAAAUAUUCACCCAGUUUUAUAUGGCGCACCAAGGAGUACCAGGCGCAAAAGGGCAGUACCAUAGACAUGACAAAGGAUUACGUACCUACAGUCAACAAGUUACAGAUAGACGCUGCUUGGACAACGAAGCAAGGACUCUGCUCAGCCAUAAAAAGAAACUACUGGUUUUAUAUAGAAGGUAUAGCCGAAGUGUAUUGUCCGCGGACAUACUAUAGCUUCGACCGUAGUGAAAUAGAUAGUUUCAAGAACGAUUUUAAAGUUACAGCUUGUACAAGCUUACUGAAGUGGGUGCUGUCAAUGGUCGCCAAUGACCGUCCUGUGUUCGUCUCUAAUGGUACGGUGUCUAUAAAAAUCAUCCUCUUUGCAAUAAACAGGUGUAAAGAAUACUUGUAUAGGAAACAGAAUAAAGAUAUAGACAAAUCAGUAAGUAAUGUAUCUGCAGGCCAGUGGAACACGUUUAUGAAAAAUUACUCCCGUAUAAUUUCAAAGACCGCCCAUUUUGACACUGAUAAACAAGAACAAUUGAGUCUAUACUUAAGUUACGCGAAAUUUAUAUUGAAAGAAAUUUAUAAGUACCGACCACAAUUAAGUUGCGAAGGAUGUCACAAUAUUUGGAUAAUAAAACCUGCUCAUUGGUGUAGGGGCAGAGGCAUAAGAUUAGCUUCUAGAUUAGAAGACGUCGAUGACAUAUUAAAUAAGACCAAAGCGAAAUACGUCUUACAAAAAUAUAUUGAAGAACCAUUACUCAUACACGAGACAAAAUUUGACAUACGACAAUACUAUCUUAUUACAAGUACAUGUCCUUUAGUUAUAUGGAUGUAUAAGGACUGCUAUUUGAAGUUCAGCACACAAAAAUACAACCUGAAGAACUACCAUGAGUCGAUCCAUCUAACGAACAACGCAGUGCAAAAAAAAUAUACAAAUUGUGAAAACCGCCACGAGGAACUGCCUCUAACCAACAUGUGGGACUCGGAUACCUUCAAAAGAUAUUUACAAAAAAAUGGAAAGGAAAAUGUGUGGGACAAUAUAAUCUACCCGGGAAUGAAAAAGGCCAUAAGAAGCAUAGUGCUAGGUUGUCAGGAUUCACUGAUUCCAUGUAAAAACCGUUUCGAGUUGUAUGGUUGCGACUUUAUGUUAGACAAGGAGUAUAAGCCGUGGUUAAUUGAGAUUAACUCCUGUCCUGAUCUGCAUCCUACUACUCCAGUCACUGCUAAGAUAUGUCCGGAUGCUAUAAGAGAUAUUAUAAAAGUUGUCAUCGAUUAUGCCAAUGAUCCAAAUUCUUCCACCGGAAAAUUUGAAUGCAUUUACCGACAACCUUAUACCUUACCACGGCAUUCAGGUGGGGACCUCAUUGUACGUGGUUACAGCCUUCCGUCUUCCUACUUUUAUAAAGGAAAAUAUGUAUUCAAUGAACCGCAUUAUGACUUAAAUGUUAGCAACGAGCUGGACAUAGCCGCGGUAAUGAAAAUGAUGAAAAAUACUUACGAGAAAGAGGCAGAGCAUUACUGCGAAGAAAGUGAUGAACUUGUAGAGAAUCUAGAGAUACCAGAUUUUGAAAACCAAUGUUCAAGCUCUGAAGGGAAAAUAGAAUCACAGUCGUUUAUUGCAGACCAUUUGACUGGUAUAAUUGAGAGAGUAAUGUCAGAUAUAAAUGUUCGCACAAGUGAAGAGUCAGAGAAUUUGACCGGUAUAAUUGAGACAGUAGUGAAUAAUAAUGAGACAGUAGUGUCAAAUAUAAAUGUUUCCACAACAAGUGACGAGUCAGACAAUUUUACCGGUAUAAUUGAGACAGUAGUGUCAAAUAUAAAUGUUUCCACAACAAGUGACGAGUCAGACAAUUUGACCGGUAUAAUUGAGACAGUAGUGUCAAAUAUAAAUGUCCGCACAAGUGAAAAAUCACACAGGUCCGCAAAUGAAGAGUUAAUUAAACCAGGUGGCAGUUUUAGUGACAAAAACUCGGUAGAUUUGAGGCAUCUUGAAAAUGUGUUGCUAGCAGGUUUAUCAUCGCCUACUGAAAAAAUGAAUCCACUAUUUGACAAUGAAGAAGCAAAUUCAAAACCAACCAAUAAUUGUUCAGAACAACAGGACGAUACUGCACAGGCUCUCAUGAAUUUGCUUGAUUUCUUAAUCAGAAAAGAAAAGGAAGAAAGAGAUCGCAAUUUGAAUAAAAUUAACUUGAAAAAAGCAUAA